CAAUUCCAGAGACACAGAGGGACCUCAGAACAAAGAUAAGGCAUCGCUGACACCACACCAGGGACGAGCUCAUAGACAAGUCAGGCCGGGGGGACGAAGGCCAGGCAGCCAGGAGCACCCAAGGCAGGAAAAUGAGGUGGCUCCUUCUCUAUCAUGCUCUAUGCUUCUCCUUGUUGAAGGCUUUGGCCCACACUGUGGAGCUUAACAAUAUGUAUGGUCAGAUCCAGUCACCUGGCUAUCCAGACUCCUACCCGAGUGAUUCAAAAGUGACUUGGAAUAUCACUGUCCCAGAGGGAUUUCGGAUCAAGCUUUACUUCAUGCACUUCAACCUGGAAUCCUCCUACCUUUGUGAAUAUGACUACGUGAAGGUAGAAACUGAAGACCAGUUGCUGGCAAUCUUCUGUGGCAGGGAAUCCACGGACACUGAGCAUACCCCUGGCCAGGAAGUGGUCCUCUCCCCUGGCUCCUUCAUGUCCAUCACUUUCCAGUCAGAUUUCUCCAACGAGGAGCGAUUCACAGGAUUUGAUGCCCACUACAUGGCUGUGGAUGUGGACGAGUGUACAGAGCGGGAGGACGAGGAGCUGUCCUGUGAUCACUACUGCCACAACUACAUCGGCGGCUACUACUGCUCCUGCCGCUUCGGCUACAUCCUCCACACAGACAACAGGACCUGCCGAGUGGAGUGCCAUGACAACCUCUUUACCCAGAGGACCGGUGUGAUCACCAGCCCCGACUUUCCCAACCCUUACCCUAAGAGCUCUGAAUGCUUCUAUGUGAUUGAACUGGAGGAGGGUUUCGUGAUCAGCCUGCAAUUUGAGGACAUUUUUGACAUUGAAGACCAUCCAGAGGUGCCGUGCCCCUAUGACUACAUCAAGAUUAAAGCUGGUCCAAAACUUUUGGGACCCUUCUGUGGAGAGAAAGCCCCAGAACCCAUCAAUACACAGACCCACAGCAUCCAGAUCCUGUUUCGCAGUGACAACUCAGGCGAGAACCGGGGCUGGAGGCUCUCAUACAGUGCGACAGGAAAUGAAUGCCCAGGGCUACAGCCUCCUGUCCACGGGAAAAUCGAGCCCUUGCAAGCCAAGUAUUUCUUCAAAGACCAGGUGCUCAUCAGCUGUGACACUGGCUACAAAGUGCUAAAGGAUGAUGCUGAGAUGGACACAUUUCAGAUCGAAUGUCUGAAGGAUGGGACAUGGAGUAACAAGAUACCCACCUGUAAAAUUGCAGACUGUGGAUCCCCAGCAGAGCUGGAACAUGGACUGAUCACCUUCUCCACCAGGAACAACCUCACCACAUACAAAUCUGAGAUCAGAUACUCCUGCCAGCAGCCUUACUACAAGAUGUUCCACAAUAUCACAGGUAUAUAUACCUGUUCUGCCCAAGGAGUCUGGAUGAAUGAAGUCCUGGGGAGAGACCAACCCAUCUGCCUGCCAGUGUGCGGGCUCCCCAAGUUCUCCCGGAAGCUGAUGGCCAGGAUCUUCAAUGGACGCCCGGCUGUAAAGGGCACCACCCCCUGGAUUGCCAUGCUGUCGCACCUGAAUGGGCAGCCCUUCUGUGGGGGCUCCCUUCUAGGCUCCAAAUGGAUUGUGACUGCGGCUCACUGCCUCCACCACUCGCUGAAUCCAGAGGACCCAACCCUAUAUGACGUAUACCUGCUCAGCCCUUCUGACUUCAAAAUCAUCAUGGGCAAGCAUUGGAGGCUCCGGUCAGAUGAGACUGAACAGCAUCUCAUGGUCAAACACAUCUUCCUCCAUCCCCUGUAUGACCCUAAAACAUUUGAGAAUGACGUGGCUCUGGUGGAGCUGUCAAAGGGCCCGGUGCUGAAUGACUUCGUGAUGCCCAUCUGUCUACCUGAGAGGCCCCCUGAGGAAGGGGCCGUGGUCAUUGUCAGUGGAUGGGGAAAGCAGUUCUUGCAAAGGUUCCCAGAUACCCUGAUGGAGAUCGAAAUCCCAGUUGUUGACCACCACACCUGCCAAGAGGCCUAUGCCCCACUGAAGAAGAAAGUGAGCAGGGACAUGAUCUGUGCUGGGGAGAAGGAAGGGGGGAAGGACGCCUGUGCGGGUGAUUCUGGAGGCCCCAUGGUGACCCUGGAUAAAGAGAAAGGCCAGUGGUACCUGGUGGGCACAGUGUCCUGGGGCGACGACUGCGGAAAGAAAGACCGCUAUGGAGUAUAUUCCUACGUUUACCACAACAAGGGCUGGAUCCAGAGCGUCACCAGAAUGAAGAACUGAAUUCGAUUCCUCACCCUCACGCUGUCUGUCCAUGGUCAGUCGGCAGCAGAGGAUAAUUAUCUGAUGCAAGACACCCUUGUCCUACACACACCUCAUUCAGUCUAUUCAUUAAUUCAUUACUGAUCAAAACUAGGGGCAUCUCAGCCCCCCUUUUACUCUUUUUAAAGAAGCAGAGUAGCUGAGUGAUGGAAACACAGGGAUGAAUUCAGGCUCUGUCACUUACUAGCUCUGCAACAUUGGGCAGGUGACUUCACCUCUUGGAACCUCCGUGUCUUUCUGGUCCACGUUAUGGAAAUGACAUACCUUACCUACCUCAUAAGAGUCUGAUACGGAUCAAAUUAAUUAAUAUACACAUAGCACUUAGCACAGUGCAGGCAUAAACUAAGUGCUCAAUAAAUGUGACUUAGCAGAAGGUCAGUGUGAAGUUCUCUCACGAACCGUGGCUGGGUCUUAGGGCUCAUUGGUGUGUGCCCUUACCUUCAACCUUGACCAUCUCUUCUUUCAUCUGCCCCGAAUGUGCUACACUUCUUCACUAUCAUGCACCUUUCCCACCCCAGUCCCUUCCCCUGAUCACUAAAAAUGUAAAAGAGACAAGGCUCUUAGUCCUAUAGCAUGUCCCAAAGCAAUGCGAUUAUGGACACGAGCUACAUACCAAAUCAUGAGAGUGUCUGUGAGAAGGAGGGCAGGGAGGGAGACUGGGGAUGGUUGCUUGGGAAGCCAGACACCAGGUUCUAGAACUAUCUCUGCCCCCAGCUCCCUGUGUGACUAUGUAAGUCCCUUUCCCUCAUCCCUAAGGACCCUCCCAGCUCUGACAGUCUAGGAUCCAAUGGAGCCAUUUUUCCUUGAUGAAAUGGGUUUAAAGCCAAAGUAACCAAAAGGCAGAAAUUACCUUAGGGGUCAAUAGAGUUUUGACACAGAUAAAAUAGUGCUGCUUCAGCAAUACUCAUCCCUGUCCUCCACACCCUGAUUCCCAAGGACAUAGUACUUGUCCAGGAACCUUUCCUUAUCCCUAAGCAGAGCCUCUGCUCUAGGCCCCCAGCCUUCUUCCCUUCCUGAGAACCUGAGCUGCACAAGGUCAGCUUAGAUAGGCUAGACUCAGGCCACUGCACUCUGCCUCCCUGUGUCCACAGCUGGCCCCAAGCAGCCAUUCCCCUGAUUCGUCACUCAUUUCGCACCCUGAAUACCCUAGCCCCAAAUGGUCCGAAGUGUUUCCCAAACAGAAUGCCGUCUCUCCUCUCAGCAUGCUUCCAGGGACCUCAUCCCCUUGAGAAUGCUGAGAUUUAAGCCCUUCAAGUGAUCAGAAGCCCCAAGUCCCUUUCUUAUGUUCUAUCAAAAUUGGUCCUCGUGGGAGAUUUCACUUCUCGACCUGCAUGGCGGCUGCUGGAGUCAUUCAGGGUCUCUUGCUGAAAGAAGAAGAUAGUGAGGAAUGAGGACGUAUGGACACAAAGCCUGAAUGCUCAGAGAGAGCAGUUCACAGCCUGAUUCUCAUUCUAUGAGCGAGUCAUUCUACCUCUCUGUGCCCUGUGGUUUAUUCUGUAAAUGGAAGGUGAUAGCGGUACCCAACUCCAUCAGGUAUUUGUCAAGCUGGAGCUCUAUUUCAUACACCAAAGAAUUGCAAUGCGCAGUCUUGGAAUUGUCCUGAGGCAUUCCAAAACACCAUUACCUUCCUGAUUCGCAGCACUGCCUGGGAGCCCCCAUCUACCAGGCUGUGCAGACUGCUCUGGAAACGACUGAGGUGAGGGGAGCAUGCUUCUUAUCUUCCACAAGCUCCAGCAGGGAGAACUGACACAUACACAAGUGACCACCAUGAAUCAAAUGAACCCACCAAGUGCCACGUGUUGGAGCAACAAAAAGGCAUUGGAGGAGGGGACAUCAGGAAGGCAUUCCAGAGGAGAUGGUGCUGGAGCUGAACCUUGAGGAGGGUGGACAUUUCCACAGGUAGGACAGGGAGGUGUUCCAGGUAGAAGGAGAACAGAAUAAAUGUCCCCUCAGGCUGUCUUCAGAUUAUUCUAGCCUCGCUCACAAAAACGACCUGUCUAGUAGACCAAUGUUCUGAUUCUAUGGUCAGAACCAACAUCUAAAAGAGCCUUUCUUCUUAAAGCCAGACAAGGAUGGGACUUAAAACAGCCUCAGGAUUUGUAUACAAAUACAGGUUUCCCUCUCUAACCGAAAGAACAUUCCUAAGAAACUUUUCAUAAGCCAAAUGGAGUAAAGCAAAAAAGCAAUUACCCUUGCAUACAUCUUGCUAACUGAUACACAAAACAAAUCAAGAUAAAGCCCAGGUGCUCACAUACACAGUUCAGAGCUAUGGAGGCUUGAUGCCAAGGUGCUGAGUGUAGUUUCCGGGGAAGGAACUGGCGGCGCCACUCUCACUGCUCAAGGUACAUGCUGCGUCUAUAACAGCUCGCUGCAAAAUAAACAGUGCACACUAAUUUUGCCUUUGACCUUUCUUCUUAAAACUGAAAAUCCUCUUCAGAUUUCUUUCGGUUAGUGAAACAAGUACAAAUGUCCGUCUUUUGCAAAAGCAAAUAAAGUAAAGCAAACUUUCAAAAAGCAGGGGAGAUCUGUAUUGAUUUCUGGCUGGACCCAGUUUAUCGUUUAUUCUUCCAACAGCAACUUCAUCCUUAUUCUGAGGAAAUAUCUAAAUGUGCUGUGGGACUUCAGCCUAAGCUUGAUCUACAGUAUUUAUUAGAUAUAUGAGCCCCUGCACUCCUGCUAACGUCCAAGAAACUCAAGUCGCUCACAGAGUCAUAGAAGCAGAUGGUUGGAGUAUAUACCUCCAUCUUGUCGAACUUCAUGACCUCUUUCUUGAAUAUUUCUGGAGAUGGGAAACUCACUACCUCCAAAUGCAGCCCAUUCCAACUGCAAAAUGAGACACCUCUUACAAAGGUCUCUUCCAUGCAACUAAAACCCACCUCCCUAGUAUAUAGUUUUUAUAGCUAAAGUUAUUAUUCCAUACUGUGAAUGUUGUUAUCAGUAAUGAUCAUGCCAAUUUUAUUAGCAACAGAAGCUGUUGUUCUUGUAACUAACUACCCACUUGUUCCAAUAAAC